AUGAAGUCGAGGAGAGACAAACUGAAAAUCCCCUCCCUUACUUUGGAUUUGUCACCCACUUGCCAAAGCCCAACUCUACUGAGCCCAUGCAGCCCCUGCAGCACCUUACAAACCCUACAUCCCUGGAGUUGCCGGAGCAGCAACAGGAAGAGUCUUGGCCUGGGGACACCGUCUCCCACUCUGUCACGCCCUCUCUCCCCACUCUCCGUCCACACCGCUGCAGGCAGUCCCCUAGACAGCCCCCGGAAUGUAUCCACCUGUGCCUCCCUCAACUUCCCAUUCGCUCGCAGCCACAUGGCUCGCACAGACAGAACAGAAGGCAGAAGAUGGUCGCUGGCGUCCCUCCCCUCUUCCGGCUACGGAACCAAUCCCCCCAGCUCUACCGUCUCUUCCUCCUCUUCCUCCCAGGAGCGCCUGCACCAGCUGCCCUACCAGCCCACUCAAGACCAACUCCACUUCCUGUUCAAGCACUUCCGCAGCUCGGAGAAUGUGGCCGACGAGGAAGUGCGACCCUCACCGUUCAUGCGCCCUCGCUCCCACAGCCUCAGCCCCGGAAGAACAAUGGGUUCAUUCGAUAAUGAGGUCGUCAUGAUGAACCAUGUUUACAAAGAACGUUUUCCUAAGGCCACAGUGCAGAUGGAGGAGCGCUUGCUGGAUAUCGUCACUGCCUGCUCCCCAGAAAGCACCCUCCCACUGUCUGACGGCGUACUGGGCUUCAUCCAGCACCAGCUGGUGGAGCUGGUCCGAGACUGUCUGGACAAGUCCCACACGGGCCUGGUCACCUCGCGCUACUUUGUGGAGUUGCAGGAUAGACUGGAGAAGCUGCUCCACGAGGCGUACGAUCGCUCGGAGAGCGAGGAGGUAUCCGUCAUCACCCAGCUGGUGAAGAAGAUUCUCAUCAUCAUAUCCCGACCGGCGAGGCUGCUCGAGUGCCUGGAAUUUGACCCGGAAGAGUUCUAUCAUCUUUUGGAGGCAGCCGAGGGUCACGCCAAAGAGGGCCAGGGCAUCAAGACGGACAUUCCACGUUACAUCAUCAACCAACUGGGCUUGACUCGCGACCCCCUCGAAGAUAUGGUACAGCUUGAACAGUCUGCUCUGUCAAUGACAGUGAAGUUUGAUGAGUCGGUGGAGCAGAACAAGUGUCCACAGACCCCAACGCGAAGGAAACCACUGGAGAGUGACUUUGAAACCAUCAAGCUCAUCAGUAAUGGAGCUUAUGGGGCUGUGUACCUGGUCCGUCACAGAAACACCCGGCAGCGUUUCGCCAUGAAGAAGAUCAACCGGCAGAACCUAGUCCUGAGGAACCAGAUCCAGCAGGUGUUUGUGGAGCGGGACAUCCUGACCUUCGCUGAGAACCCCUUCGUGGUCUCCAUGUUUUGCUCCUUCGAGACACGACGCCACCUGUGCAUGGUGAUGGAGUAUGUGGAAGGUGGGGACUGUGCCAACCUGCUGAAGAACAUGGGCCCCCUUCCUGUGGACAUGACCCGGAUGUACUUUGCUGAGACUGUGCUGGCCUUAGAGUACCUUCACAACUACGGCAUCGUCCAUAGAGACCUCAAACCUGACAACUUGUUGAUCACCUCUAUGGGCCACAUCAAACUGACUGACUUUGGCCUGUCCAGAGUUGGCCUGAUGAACAUGACUACCAACCUGUAUGAGGGUCACAUGGAGAAAGACACCAGGGAGUUCAUCGACAAACAGGUGUGUGGCACCCCAGAGUACAUAGCCCCAGAGGUGAUACUGAGACAGGGCUAUGGGAAGCCAGUAGACUGGUGGGCCAUGGGAGUCAUCCUGUAUGAGUUCCUGGUUGGAUGUGUGCCCUUCUUUGGGGACACGCCCGAGGAACUCUUUGGGCAGGUUGUCAGUGAUGACAUCACCUGGCCCGAUGGGGACGAAGCUUUACCUGCAGACGCCCAGGACAUGAUCACACGGCUGCUGAGGCAGAGCCCUCUGGAGCGCCUGGGGACAGGAGGAACACCUGAGGUCAAACAACACUCCUUUUUCUUGCAUCUGGACUGGAACGGGCUACUGCGACAGAAAGCAGAAUUCAUCCCUCAACUGGAAGCGGAGGACGACACCAGCUACUUUGACACUCGCUCAGAGCGGUACCACCAUUUGGCCUCAGAUGAGGAUGAUGAAACCAACGAUGAAGAGUCUUCCCUGGAAAUCCGACAGUUCUCCUCCUGGUCAAACCGUUUCAGCAAGGUAUACAGCAGCACAGAACAUCUGGCCACGCCGUCCAACCUGAGCUUCUCAUCGGGCCACAGUGAGGACAAGGAGGGCUGGGAUGGAUGUUUCACGCCCUCCCCAGGAGGAGACAUCCACAGACAGGAACGCCAGCACCAAGAUCGCAGGGGCAGCCUGCGCCCUCGGGCCUCGUCCAGUUCCUCCCAGUCUGAGAGGAGCGUCAGCCCACUGGUGAUGAGCAGCACCCACAGUCUGGAGACCACGCCGCGCUUCGCCUUCUCCACAGACGAUGCUGAGGUGGUUGUAUCAAACCUGCAUCGGAUUCGUAGCAACAGCACCGGAGCGAAACACUCUUCCCCCAAGGACCACGGGGCCUCCCGUCGCUUUGGGAACCAGCUGGAGACGCCAGACAGACAGACACCAGACAGUCCGAGGCUUGGGGGCAAACUACCCAAGUCUGCCUCCGUCUCCGCCCUGUCUCUCGUCAUCACUGCAGACGACAUGCCCGGCGGCCUCCAGCCCAGCCCCAUCUUAACGUGCUCCCUCUCGUCCAACCCUUCAUCCCGCGACUCAUCCCCCAGCCGAGACCUGUCGCUUAGCCUCAGCAUCCUGGGGCCACCCAUCGUCAUCCACAGCUCGGGGAGGAAGUACGGCUUCACCAUGCAGGCCAUCCGCGUCUACAUGGGCGACAGCGACGUUUACACUGUGCACCACAUGGUCUCGAGUGUCGAAGAUGGCAGCCCAGCCCACGAGGCAGGACUGAGGGCCGGUGACCUCAUUACUCACGUGAAUGGAGAGUCGGUGCAAGGCCUGGUCCACACAGAGAUAAUGGAGCUGCUUCUGAAGAGUGGCGGCAAGGUGGCCCUUCAGACCACGGCACUGGAGAACACGUCAAUCAAGGUUGGGCCGGCUCGAAAGACCAGCCACAAGGGCAAAAUGGCAAGACGCAGCAAGAAAAGCAAGAGAAGGGACAAUCAGGACAGGCGGCGGAGCAUCCUGAAGAAACUGUCCAAGCAAAGCACAGUGAUGCACAGCAGCCGAAGCUUCAACUCUGGACUACAGCACCACUCUGUGUCGUCCAGCGAGAGCCUGCCGGGCUCCCCCACACACAGCCUGUCCCCCGGCCCCUACACCCCCUGUCGCAGCCCUGCCCCUGACCACCAGGCUGGAGACACCAACUCUCCACAGAGCACCUCUCCCAGCUCUCCCAGCUCCCUGCACGGCCUGGCCUCCAAGCUGGGCACUCAGCGCUACACCAAGGUGGGUCGCCGCAAGUCCACCAGCAGCAUCCCCCCGUCCCCCCUGGCCUGCAAGUCUUCCACCCAGCCCCUGUCACCCCAGCGCUCCCCCUCCCCCCUCUCUGGCAUCACCAAGACCUUCCACGGCAAGACUCUGUCCCCCCCCACCAUCGUCCGCCAUUGUUUGCGCCCCCGCAGUGCCGAGCCGCCCCACUCCCCCCUCCUCAAGAGGGUGCAGUCAGCUGAGAGGCUCUCGAGCGCCUACCACACCGACAAGAAUUCGUACCCCCACCGAAGGCACACGUUGGAGGUGCCUUUCCAGGACAAGGUGGAGGGAAGGCUGAGGGACUGGGUGUCGGAACGCUCAGAGCAGCUGGUGGUGAUGAGGAAGCUCAACCUGUCGGAACGCCGCGACUCCUUCAAGAAGCAGAAGGCGGUGCAGGAGGUGAGCUUUGAUGAGCCUGACGACCAGAAGACCAUCCCCACGGUCACCGCAACACCGCUCAACGCCCCUGGAGGCAAUCGGGUCCCGCAGCGGGCGGCCUCCUGGACGGCUAUUUCCCAAACCAGCGAGGAGUUGACUGUGGUGAAACGUUUCAACCUGGUGCCUCAGAUUGCUGUGCAGGGCUUGACGGAGAGCGAGGACCAGGACGUCUGGGAGCCGUGCUCUGAUGGAGAGGAGGACGACGGCGAGAGGCAGGAGCCCGAAUCUACUGAUUCCAACAUCGGACCACAGCAGCCGAGCAAGGAUGUCUCUCUCAUGGUAAAAAUCUCCAGUAAGGCACCAGAAGCGACAGCUGCUUUGCACAAAGAAAGGCCUGCUUCGGAUUAG